AUGGCAGAAGUGCCACAUUUUGUCUUGUACGAACACGCCGUCGGAUAUGCGCUCUUCAAGGUGAAGGAAUUUGAGGACGCUGGGCUCAUCGUUCCUGAGGUUGACGAAGCACUUUCAAAUGUCGCGAAGUUCUCCACGAUCGUCAACUUGGUUGCCUUCGAUCCGUUCAAAAACACCGAAGCGGCUCUGGAAAACUGCAACGCGAUUUCGGAAGGAAUGGCUCAUCAUGAUCUAGUGCGGUUCUUGGAGGAGAAUUUGCCAAAGAAGAAGAAGAAGACGAUUGUUGGAUUGAACGACGGAAAACUUGCCAGUGCUCUCGUUGAAGCGAUUCCCGAUCUGAAGCCAACGUUUGGAGGUGUUAUCACCGAAAUUCUCCGCGGCAUUCGAGUGCACUUCGAAGCUUUGGCUAAGAAUCUGCCUCAUCACUCGCUCUCCAAGGCACAGCUAUCACUUGGACAUUCUUAUUCGCGCGGCAAGGUCAAAUUUGAUGUACAUCGCGUCGACAACAUGGUGAUUCAAUCGAUUGCACUUCUUGAUCAGCUUGACAAGGACAUCAACUUGUUUGGAAUGCGCAUCCGUGAAUGGUAUUCUUACCAUUACCCCGAGCUCUACAAGAUUGUUGGUGAUCAAUACAAAUAUGUGAAAUGCGCAGUUGCAAUUCUUGACCGAAACAAGUCGUCCGAGGACCCGGAGCUUGCAGCAAAGUUGAUGGAAAUUGUCGAAGACGAAGACAAAGUGAAUGAAAUUAUUGAAGCCUCAAGAACGAGCAUGGGUAUGGACAUCUCUGAGCUCGAUUUGAUGAACAUUGAAAAAUUUGCUUCACGAGUGGCAUCUUUAACUGAGUACCGUCAGCGACUUCACGGGUAUAUCAAGGACCGGAUGAACAGCUGCGCUCCAUCACUUUCUGCUCUUAUUGGAGAGCAGGUUGGUGCUCGAUUGAUCUCUCACGCUGGAUCACUUACUAAUUUGGCGAAAUAUCCGGCUUCCACUGUACAAAUUCUUGGUGCUGAGAAGGCGUUGUUCCGUGCCCUCAAGACACGAACCAAUACUCCAAAGUACGGUCUACUUUUCCACUCUGCUUUCAUCGGCCGCGCAUCUGCAAAGAAUAAAGGACGUAUUUCCCGCUUCUUGGCCAACAAAUGUACAAUUGCUUCCCGAAUAGAUUGUUUCUCUGAUGUACCAGUGUCUACUUUCGGUGAACAUUUGAAGGCUCAAGUUGAAGAGCGUUUGCGCUACUUCGACACAGGAGAAGUGCCAACCAAAAAUGUUGAAGCAAUGAAAGCAGCUGAAGGUGAGGCUGUUGAAGCACGUGAGAAGGUUCUGAAGAAGAGAAAGAAGGCCGCCAAGAAAGCAAAAAAGAGUGUUGGAGAAGUGGAGGCAAUGGAAGCUGAUGAAGAGCCACCAAAGAAGAAGGGAAAGAAGAUUGAGGAAGAAUUAGCCGAAGUUGCGGUCGAAGCAUCGGGCAAGAAAAAGAAGUCCAAGAAAGGCAAAGCUGAGGCAAUGGAUGAGGAC